UUGUCAACAGAAGUGGACAUUCCAAGAUGGUUAUGUAACAAUUUACCUCUUUUCUGCAAACCUUGAAAUUGUUUGUCAGCUGCUUUACUUACAAGGAAAGCUUCAGUGUCAGAGUUUUCAACCAGAUCCAUGAUGCUCCAUGCUUGAGAACAAGCUUCAACAGCUCCAAUGGCCUUUUUCACAUCCUGAGUAAAUGGGCAAAGCUCAACAAUGACAGUAAUUAUUGAGACUGCUUUCAUCUUAAAGAGCAUUGGCAGAUGUCUCGUUUUCCACUUCCAAUCUGAUAGGGACACUCUUUUGCGGAUGCGGACUUUUGUAACUGCUAGGAGAUUUGUUCUUGAGCAAAGUUAUCGAUUCCUCACAUGAAUUGCCCUCUUCUAGGCCCCUUUUCACCUGCGACUUUAUGCCUUCAAUACAUUUUCUGUUGGCUACCCAUAGAUAAGUUGUAUUUUCACCAAUCAUGGUGACGAAUGCUUUUGAAUAUUUGUCAUAGUAUGAGAAUUUUCCCAAUUCAAUUUCACGCCGCCCUUUUCCUCCAUACAAAUCGGGAAAUUCUUCUACUGAUGAACCCAUUACAAGCUUACGCAAAUACAUGUUAGAGAGCAAUAGCUGAGAUACUAACCAGCAUACUUUACUAAAAAGAACCAAUAGUAUCUGCAGCCAUAGAAACAGAGGAAUCAGCUUAUGAACUCUCACUCUACGGCCCAUCGUUAGCAUCAAUUUUUUAAGAUAGAUGUCGCCCAUUUGUCUGUGGCUUUUACGCCCAUCUUUCAACUCAAGCAGAUACCGUUUCCAGAAAUCUUCAAUCUGAAAAUACUUUAUAAUGCUCGCCCAUUGCUUUGAAACACUUCUCGGGAAAAAUACUACUGCUGUGAUCCAUCUCCAAUAUAUGACAGUAGAUCCCAAAACGAUGACUAACCAAUGAAGAAUCAUGUAAAUACUCGCCCUAAAUUGCUUCUGUACUGCCUCAAACACCAGAGAGAAAUUAAUAUUUCAUCAUAAACACUUAAAUUAUUAGCCAAUAGUAGGUAAACUGUCUACAACUGAAAAGUCUCACGGCGUGUUUUCGUGACCGCCAAAUUUGUUGUUAACGGGAUUGAAGAGGGUUUGAAGGCGAUAAAUCCACUUUCCAAACUACAGACAGAGCCUCCGUUAAUCACUGUAAAUAGAAUUAUUUCUAUAUGAUUUUGGAGGUUUUCGCAUUUUCUCACAAGUGGAUUCCUUUGUGCAAAUCACAUUCUAUUGAACCUCAUUCCCCGGCUAAAUUCUUUUCUUCUCACACGACAUCUUCCCUUUCUGAACAGAGGAAUGAGUUGAAGGAAGAAUAUGAACAGUUGGAGAAUCGAGUUAACGAUUUAGCACAAAAGCCUCAGGAAGCCCUAAACAUUUUGCAGCGGUACACGUCUUGGGAUUCUGAUAAUCCAUAUGGUCACCCGCCUAUAGUUGAGGUUCACACUGAGGAUAAGAAUCAAACCAUGUCGGUGCCAAUUCACAAACAUAAAUGUAUCAUUCAAAAUUUAUGUACAUUCUCUUUGUGUUGCUAGAGCCAAAUAGAUAUUGUAAGGUUUUGUCUAAUAAACAUGCAGUUGUUUUAUUUUCAAGGCAACAAAAAGAUGUUCAAUACAAAAACACAAAAUCGCUGGCAAUGGUCACAUGUUCUCAACCAUUAUUCAGACUUAAAACUUACUACUAAACCAAAAGGUGUUUUGAGACCCAAGAUUCUAGAGGGUACAAUUAUUCUUAAAGGGUGCUAGCUCAAUGGAAGAGUGCCUGCUUUACAAGCGGGAGGAUGGUGGUUUAAUUCCAUCGCGCCCUAACAUGAAUUAAUCAAUGAUUGU